GACUCCUUGACCUUUCAGGACAUAUGUAAGCGACUGCAGAGCGACAGUUUGCAGGUGCAGUUUACAGUCGCAAUUCCUUGAACUCUGAGGACCAUGGUAGGUACUGGGGGCCCUGUGGCCCCCUUCUCUGUGUGGGACUAUGUGGUGUUUGCCGGAAUUGUCCUGGGGGCAGCGGGAAUCGGUCUCUUCCAGGCCAUCCGGAGCCGUAGGGACAACAGCAGCCAGGAGUUCCUGCUUGGAGGGCGGCAGAUGAGCGCUGUGCCAGUGGCCAUGUCUUUGACGGCCAGCUUCAUGUCAGGCAUCACCGUGAUUGGUACCCCGGCAGAAGCCUACUUGUAUGGGACACCCUUUUGGCUUUUCGGCUUCUCCUACGCCAUCAUGUCCACCGUCAGCGCCGAGAUCUUCGUCCCCUUAUUCUAUCGUUUAGGGAUCACCAGCGCAUAUGAGUACUUAGAGAUGCGCUUCAAUAAAGUGGUACGGGUCAUAGGAACCAGCAUGUACAUCACACAGACCGCUUUGUACACAGGGAUGGUUAUCUACGCCCCUGCCCUCGCAUUAAACCAGAUCACAGGGCUUGACCUCUGGGGUGUGCUGGUGGCUACGGGCGUCGUGUGUAUCAUUUACUGCACACUGGGUGGCCUUAAAGCAGUCAUCUGGACAGACGUGUUCCAGAUGGUCGUCAUGCUGGCCGGUUUUGUCGCUGUCAUUGUCCGGGGAGCCAUCCUCCAGGAAGGUCUGACUAGGAUCUGGGACGAUGCCCAUCAAGGGGAAAGACUCAAUGCCUUUGACUUUAGUCCUGACCCACUGAGGCGGCACACGUUCUGGACCAUUGUCGUGGGCGGGAGUUUGAUGUGGACGUCAAUCUAUGCCAUUAACCAGUCGCAGGUGCAACGCUACAUCUCAUGUCGCACCAUCACCCAUGCCAAGCUCUCUCUGUAUAUAAACAUGGUGAGCCUCUGGGUCACUGUGAGCUUGGCAGUCUUCUCUGGCCUCACUAUGUAUUCCAUUUACAAAGACUGUGACCCAAUCACCAACAAAGAUGUUGGGGCUCUCGACCAGAUGUUGCCAUACUUGGUGAUGGACAUUUUGGCAGAGUUCCCUGGAGUUCCCGGGCUGUUUGUGGCAGCUGCAUACAGUGGAACUCUUAGCACCGUGUCAUCCAGCAUCAAUGCCCUGGUAGCCGUUACUAUGGAGGACUUUGUGAAGCCCCUGUGGACCAGCAUCACUGAGAAGCAGGCUUCUCUGCUUAACAUGGGCCUCAGUGUGGUCUUUGGGGCUCUCUGUAUCGGGAUGGCAGCCGUGGCAUCUCAAAUGGGAAGCAUUCUGCAGGCAGCCCUGUCCGUAUUUGGAAUGAUCAGCGGACCAUUGCUGGGACUUUAUCUGCUUGGGAUGUUUUUCCGCUGUGCAAACUCAUCUGGAGGACUUGUGGGAAUGAUUACAGGCCUUUUGCUGACACUGUGGGUGGGUAUUGGGGCCCAGGUGUACCCUCCUCUGCCAGAGAAGACCAGACCACUUCCUUUGAGCACAGAGGGGUGCAUUUACAACAAUACUCAGAACUUCACUACCAUGUCACCCUGGAGCAGCACACAAACAUUUGUUCCAACGGUUCCUAACAGUAGACCAGCCUUAGCAGACAGCUGGUACUCACUGUCCUACCUUUACUUCUGUCCUGUGGGGACAUUGACAACCAUCCUCAUAGGACUGCUGGUCAGCAGUGUCACAGGUGGCUGCAAGCAGAGAACAAUCCGGCCUGAUCUGUUUGUUAGGAAGAGUGAUUUAUUCUGCUUCAGCAGCUGCGAUGACUCCUUCACGAGAGCGGAGCCCGAAACGCCAGUGAAGUCAAGCUCCAGUCUAAAGGAGGGAAAGCAAAACAUAGCAUUCAUCGGUUCGCAGAUGGAUAUUGUGGAUAAGAACCAUGAAAAACUCACAUGGUUCUGAACUGCAGCCGGAUUGUAGAUGUGCAUUCCCACUUUGAUUAGAAUUUGAUUCCCACAACUACAGGACCAGGCAAGGUCUAAGUCCAUUCUGGCAGUUACAUCAAAUUUGAUGAAUGGCAUUACACAUCAAUGACCUCAUCUGAGUAUAUGUAGCUUAAGAGCUGUUGGGUCUUGUUAAGGAACACUGAACCAUAAACUACAAAAGUGUGCAAAAACGCAUUUCAUUUCACGAGAAACAACAGGGCCUUUGUCAGGCAAUUUAAGUCUCUGUGGAUUUCACACUUCAGUAGAUUAUAUUAAUGUAGUAUUUCUAUUUCACACAUUAAUGAACACUAUUACUAAAAAGACCCAAAACAGUUUCAGACAUAUUGCAUAGCAGGGAUAAUUCUUUUUUUUAUUUUAUAAACGUUUGUAGUCUAUUUUAAAUAACACGCAUAUUCUAAUUUUUGUGGGCCAACAACCAUCUGUGUUUAAGUUAUUGUAGAAUUAUAUAUGUUCAGCUAUAUUGAAAAUAUAGUUUUAUGGUAAAACAGUACCACAUUUUUAUAGAUAUAUCAAAAUAAACAUGAUCCUCCCAGACAUUUAUUUUGCCUUGAUCAUGUUUGGUUGGUUAUUUUUUAAUGGCAUUUAGGUGGUUGAAUGGCAGACUUUUGUGCAUAAAUUCUAUUGCAUUGUUCACUUCUAAAUUGAUUUUUGAAGGUGUUUCCAACAGACCCUUGUUGCAUUAUAGAUUAAAGAACAUAUAAUAUUUGAGGCUCUAACGAUAUCAAACGAACACUGGGAUGUAGCAGUUCCUCAACACCAAACAAAACAUGGAGAGGGCUGAUCUGCAUAACGAAUCCCCGUCUCCUAGACAACUGGCUGACAAUACUGGGAGUCAACAAAGCUAUGACCCUCCCACUUACCUGCCCAGGUAUUAUGUGAGCCCUCCUCCAACACUCCCAGGGAGUAGAUAGGGAAAGCUGAACUUCAAAGAACAAACAAUUCUGACGUCUGGAUUUUCCAGGGUGUCUGCUGGAACUCUGAUCCCAAGACAUGAAAAUGAACCCCGCACAAAGAUUUUGUUGGAUUCUUUUUCUAGCCAGUUUUGUGUUGACUGUUCUGUCUGAACCACUUGCCAAAAUGGGGUCUUCUGAUCAAAUCAGUACUGCCAAUGGCACGGAUGUUGUCCCAACAAUCUCUGCUCCCAAUAUCACUGUUUUUGCUACUACAGUUCUGCCAAAUCACACCCAGAAUGAUUCCACCGCUGAUAUUUUUUCCCUAAAUUUGACCCAAGACAACCUCGGAUUCACCAAAUCCACAACACUCUCACAGACCACAAAUGGAGCUACAACCUCUCAGAUGACAAAAGGCCUUCAACCUUCAACCAAAGUCACAACAGCAUUUAAUGUCACGUUCCCCGCCACUACCCAAGGAGCCUGGACAACUGUGAACGUCAGCAGCACAUCAAAUUACACCACUUAUGAAUCACAAACAACUGAAUCACACCUGAAUAAAAACGUCACAGCAUGGAUAUCGGUCCCCGGCUAUUUCAACACCCAAGAAGCACCAGGUGGAAUGACCUAUUCAGAACAGAACAUGACUAUUUUCUUUGGUGUUAUCACUGGGUUGGCUUUUCUGGUCAUGUUCACGUACGCCAUAUACAGGUGCAAACGGAAGACUCAGUACUCUCAUCGUCCUCUCUAUAAUUCUGAGGAAACAGUGGACAGGUUUGUGGCAGCAGAUGACACUCUAGUAAUCUCUGGUGGACUCUACGAUGGCCCUCGCAUUUACAACCCCACUAUGACCACUGUGCAUGAUGAGGAAUUCAAUGCCGACCAUCCAUUUCCCUCACAACCCACCCAAUUUCGACUGGAGUUCAUGAAUGAAGAUGAAGAGAAUAAGUCCCCGGACCAAGGAAUUUGUAACUUUGAAACAUUUCAGCCAGUUGGUAAUGAUUCUUAGUCAACCAAAGUGAGGUUCUGAACGUAAUACAUUUUUUCCACAAAUGUAUUUUAAUUUGCUAACAAGGCCAAGUUUCAAAUUGCCAAUUCAGCCAUGACAUACUUUGAUCAGUUAGAAAGUAAACACAAUGUUAACAAGGACAUGCUAUUCAUUAAAGUAUUUAAUUUCAACACUAUUAAAACAGUAAGCUAACAUAUUCAAUGAACACAACAAAUGGAAGUAUAAAGAAUAAGAUAGAACAUUUUAAAUAAAGAUCAAUUUGACAUUAAAAACUGGUUUAUAAAGUAUAGUUAUGGCUAAUAUUAAGUACUAACAUUAAUGACACUAUAAAUACAAUGUAAAUGAAGUGUAAUAAAUUAUACAAGUAACAGGCCAACUUGCACACACAUUAAAACCUAAAUAACUAAUUGGAACCAAAGAACUAGUCUAAUUAACUCAACGAAAUUUUGCUAAAAUUAUGAGAUUAAACUCUUAGUCUGCCAUUAUACAAACAAAACUGUAAUUUUAGUCAGAUCUUAAUACUACCCAUCAAGUCCUGUAAAAGAGUAAGAGCUAAGCAAAAAUUUUUUCAGAUGCUUUUUUCUUCUUUUUCAUAUCUGCACUGGUUACAGCUGUCCAUCCAGCAUCUCUCAUUCUUUUCACUGCUGCCAGUUUCAAAGCCACCCCAGGGGAUUUAGACACAGUGGGACUCUGGCUCAGAAAGGACAGUAUGGUAUAAUGUGAAAAAGCAGUAAAAUGACUCUUCAUUCAACAUCUGAUGACUGAAAAAUUUCAGGAUACUACAAUGCAAACUCUUGAGACUUCAAACCAUCAACACAGAUUAAUAAAUUCAUCACACAAAGCCUUUUUAACUAAGUGAGACAUUGGAAGAGACAGGUGGUGUGCAAUGCCUAUAUUUGGAUUUCCAACCAUGAUCUUUGCAAUAAAUCAAAGGUUUUUUAAGUUCUAAAUUCUUUUGAUAAACUCUAUUUUUUAACACUUUACUUAAAGCAGUCAUAUAAAUGAACACAGUAAUAAAUAUUUAUAAGGCAUAACACAUUAUAGCCAUAUUUAUUAUUCAUUAUGCUCUAUGAAGCUCUCAUCUAUAAUGCACUAUAAAUAGCUUCAUACUGCAGUACAAAGCAUCCUUAAUUCUUAUACCGACCUUUAUAAUGAAUUAUUAAAGUACCUAUAGUGCACUACUGAUGAGAGCGUCAUAGAGCAUUCAUGACCAUAUUUGUAAUACUUUCUAAGUGCAUUAUAAUGCAUUAUAAUGACUGAUUUAAGUAAAAUGUUACCCUAAAUUUUUUUCCUGAAAUUUAUCUUAGCCUAGGUACGCAUCAGUGUCAGUUUAUUCAUCAUUUACAGAACUUAGGACCAAUUUCUCACAAUUAAGCGGCAAAUUAACAAUUAUGAACUAUCAUAAAAUUACAUUUUAAAUGAUUAAAUAUGGCAACAGCAAAAUUUUAAAUUACAUGUUUUUAGUAUUUUUAGACCCCUAUAUUGCUGGAAACUUCCAUCAAUAAAAGACAAAUAAACAUCUUACGGUGACUUCUGUGGAAAACCACAAAUAUAAUUAAGAACCAUUCAUUCAAUGCAAGAUCACAUUGAGCCUGGAGUUUAUCCCAUGGGGCAAACUACACCCUGGGCUAAUACAGUACAUUGUACAUACAGUGACAAUGAAGGCAUAUAACCUGCAAUCUGUACACCACAUUUUACUGUACUCUAAUAAUCAUACUGACACUUGCACUACUAGCAAACUAGGAACAUGAAAGGUGUGGCAUAUUUGCUACAUGGCUAUCAAUUUACAAAUAACAAUACAAAUUUCUUUAUUUAGCUCAAACAAAACAGAAUGAAAGAGUACACAAUAAUUUGUAUGCUUCUUUACACAAUGACUUGAGGUUAUUAGUUGUUACAUAACAGUAUGUCCCUGCAUUCUGUAGAAUAGACAUGCAUGGCCCACAGGACAUGUGCUGAGCUACUGUGUAAAGAUCUUGAUGCUUAAAUUAGGCACACUCUUUGAAUUAACUUCCUACAAUAAAUACUGUACCUUUGGAUGAUGCAUAGAUAUUCCAUAAUCACCUGCCUUCUUAACAUUGGGCUCACCUUCAACAAGAAAACUCUUCCAUGCAACAACAGUUUGAAAAGAAUGUUUUAGUGGCACAAUAUAACAUUUGUGCAUUACAUAAUAUGGUGAAAAACUGUACAAUGUUGAACCAAUAAUAAUAACAAAACCUUUGAAUUUAUGAGACAAGCAACCAUAGCUUUCAUAUUUGGGAAAGAAUGCUUAAAAAUACCAGUAAAUCCUGUUGUUCAGAGCUAUCAGAUGUAGAGUCAAAUUCCAGGACAGUUUUAAUCCAGGGCACAGAUUUUCCAGUAGAAGGUGGUGUACGUAUUCUGUAUGACUAAAAUGAAAAAAGCCUGUUAGUUCACACUUAAGACACUACUUUACUCACUCUGCUGCUUACUUUUGGUACAAUUUUAGAAUGGAUACAAUAAUAUUUUAAAAUAACAUAGUGGGUGCAUAAAUAGGGUCAAGAAAUAAAUAAAAUGAAUUGUAUAAUUACCUUAA